AUGGCCUGUAUUUUUGAAGGCCAUCCUGGUAGAGUUGAAUAUUUUGUGUCAGAGUGUAAUCAAAGUACUAAUAUAGUAAAACUUGAAUUAGCAAAGCUUAAAAUUGCGGAUAAAGAUAUAAUUCUUGAUUAUGAGCUUAAAAAUGAAAACAAGAAACAAUAUUAUAACUCUCUUAUUCGAAUAUGUGACAAAGCAUUAAUUUCUCGUAAUAGAUAUCAAAAACUGGCAGCUAUAGAUUCAAAUAUAGUUCAGGAAUAUUUACUUGACAACAAC